AUGGAGAGUUACAAACCAAAGAACAUUCUGAUCACUGGUGCAGCAGGCUUCAUUGCCUGCCAUGUCGCCAAUAGGCUCAUCAGGACAUAUCCCGAUUAUCACGUGGUUGUUCUUGACAAGCUUGAUUAUUGCUCAAACUUGAAGAACUUGAAGCCGUCUUUUUCGUCCUCGAACUUCAAAUUCAUCAAGGGAGACAUUGGCAGUGCUGAUCUUGUGAAUUACGUCCUUGUUACGGAGUCCAUUGACACGAUUAUGCACUUUGCAGCCCAGACUCAUGUCGACAACUCGUUCGGGAACAGUUUCGAGUUCACCAAAAACAACAUUUACGGCACUCAUGUUCUUCUUGAGGCUAGCAAGAAGUUACAAAACCUAGGAUGGUCCAAGCGGACGACAUGGGAGGAAGGUCUGAGGAAAACUAUGGAGUGGUACGUGAACAAUCCUGAUUGGUGGGGAGAUGUUUUGGGGGCCUUGGUUCCUCACCCAAGGAUGCUAAUGAUGCCUGGAAAUGGAAAGAACAUCUCUGAUAUUAGUUCUGAUUCCUAUGUGCAGAAAAAUUCUACUCAGAAGGAAAUGGUGGUUCCAGCUGUUAAGAACAACUCUUCCAUCCAGAAGCCAUCCCUGAAAUUCUUGAUUUAUGGCAGAACUGGUUGGAUAUGUGGUCUUUUAGAGACGAUUCGAACAAAUGUUGCUGGUACCUUAACUUUGGCAGAUGUUUGUAGAGAGCAUGGGCUGCUUAUGUUGAACUUUGCUACGGGCUGCAUUUUUGAGUAUGAUUCUGAUCAUCCCUUGGGGACAGGCAUUGGAUUCAAGGAGGAAGACAAGCCAAAUUUCACUGGGUCAUUCUAUUCAAAAACUAAGGGCAUGGUCGAAGAACUACUGAAAGAGUACGACAAUGUAUGCACCCUUAGAGUUCGAAUGCCAAUCUCAGCUGAUCUCAACAAUCCUCGUAACUUCAUUACGAAGAUCACAAAGUAUGACAAAGUUGUCAACAUUCCAAACAGCAUGACCGUGUUGGAUGAGCUUUUGCCGAUUGCAGUUGAGAUGGCAAAAAUAAACUGCAAAGGGAUAUGGAAUUUCACAAAUCCGGGUGUGAUCAGUCACAAUGAGAUUCUGGAUUUAUACAGGGACUACAUUGAUCCAAGCUUUAAAUGGACAAACUUCACCGUGGAGGAACAGGCGAAGGUCGUUGUCGCUCCUCGUAGCAACAAUGAAAUGGAUGCAACGAAGUUGAAGAAUAAGUUUCCAGAGCUGUUGUAUCAAAGAAUCACUUAUCAAGUUUGUCUUUGA